CCUUUCUUACUGGAGCUCCUCUCAGCCAAUCAGAAGAUGGCCUCGCUGCUUUGUCAUCAGCUUCUGAUUGAGGAAGGAUCUGUUUUCCUGCUCUGUUUGUAUAAGCUUGAUAAAAUGCCAGGUCUCUGCAGCCUCUGGGGAGAGCCAAACUUCUCUGUGAUGUGAUCGAUCACGCUUCAUCCUCAUUAAUACAGUACGCUGGCUUGAGGAGCGAAAGAGGUGAUUGCCGUCUGCUUGAUACUCCUCCUUCUUAUUGUGGGCAAGGGGAUUGUAAGAGAGCACUGUUAGACGUACUCUCGCUGGAGCUUCCUUAUCCCACAUUUGCAUUUGAUCAUUAAGGUGAUCCCGUGGGAAUAUCAGACCUCCAUGUACGACAACUUGUACCUGCAUGGAUUUGAAGACUCAGAGGCGGGUUCCGCCGAUUCCUACACUAGCAGACCAUCUGACUCAGAUGUCUCUCUGGAUGAGGAGCAGAGCGGCCGGCAGGAGAAAGAACAGCAAGCCACCGUUCAGCUGGAGAGGGCAAAGGCCAAAGCAGUGGCCUUUGCCGUGAGGACAAAUGUCAGCUACUGUGGUGCCCUGGAUGAGGAUGUUCCUGUCGCUGGCACUGCCAUUUCCUUUGAUGCUAAAGACUUCCUUCACAUCAAGGAGAAGUACAACAAUGACUGGUGGAUUGGGCGACUGGUGAAGGAAGGUUGUGAUAUCGGUUUCAUCCCCAGUCCCUUAAAACUAGAGAACAUUCGCUUACAGCAGGAGCAAAAAAGGGGUCGCUUCCAUGGGAAGUCCAGUGGGAACUCUUCUUCCAGUCUGGGUGAGAUGGUGUCAGGCACCUUCAAGCCCAACCCUGCUUCUGCAGGUAAACAGAAACAGAAAGUGGCCGAGCACGUUCCUCCAUACGAUGUGGUCCCUUCCAUGAGGCCGGUGGUCUUAGUUGGCCCAUCACUUAAGGGAUAUGAGGUGACAGAUAUGAUGCAGAAAGCACUCUUUGACUUCCUGAAACACAGGUUUGAAGGCAGGAUAUCGAUCACAAGAGUAACCGCAGACAUCUCUUUGGCCAAGAGAUCUGUGCUGAAUAACCCUAGUAAGAGAGUCAUUAUUGAGAGAUCCAACACCAGAUCCAACCUGGCGGAGGUUCAGAGUGAGAUCGAGCGAAUUUUUGAAUUGGCCAGAUCCCUUCAGCUGGUUGUGCUGGAUGCUGACACGAUCAACCAUCCAGCCCAGCUCAUCAAGACCUCUUUAGCUCCCAUUAUUGUCCAUGUCAAAGUGUCUUCUCCCAAGGUAUUGCAACGGCUGAUCAAAUCACGAGGGAAGUCUCAGAGCAAGCAUUUAAAUGUACAACUGGUGGCAGCAGACAAACUAGCUCAGUGUCCUCCAGAAAUGUUUGAUGUAAUUUUGGAUGAGAAUCAGCUCGAGGAUGCAUGUGAACAUCUGACCGAAUAUAUGGAGGCCUACUGGCGUGCAACUCACACUUCCCUCAGCACUCCUCUGAACCCUCUGCUCGGCCGCAACCUGGGCUCCACUGCACUCUCACCGUACCCCACAGCCAUCUCUGGACUACAGAGCCAAAGAAAUAAAAACAGCAAUCACAUCAGCGACAACUCUCCAAUGGAGCGGCGCAGCUUGAUGACGUCUGAUGAGAACUACCACAACAACGAGCGGCAAAAGAAGAGUCAUAACCGCCUGUCCUCCAGCUCCCAGCAAAGUCGAGACCACUACCCUCUGGUAGAGGAGGAGUAUCAUGAUCCCUAUCAAGACACGUACAAACCUCACCGCAACCGCGGCUCCCCAGGGGGCUACAGUAACGACUCGCGGCACAGACUCUGAACAUCCAGUCCCCUACAGCCAGAGCUAUGAGAUAAAUCUCAUGUAAUUGUGUAAACCCUGUCUGAAAAAGCAGUGCAUUGUGUUCACUCUGAAACAGGUCCCCAUGUAUGGGCCAUCUUAACUGAAAGCAAAAUCCGAGCACCCGGUCCUUCUAUGUAAGGCAGUUGUUUGCAGCCCUUGCGCAUCUCUUGUCAGGCAGUUGGAGGUGCUGAUUUUAUCUGCAAUGGUUGAGAUAAGUAGCUCUUUUGGAGGAGUGACAACUAUAGUACCAUCUGGUCUAUCCAGUUUCUUCUAGUAGAGGCCUAAGCCCUGCGUUUAAUUGCUAACCUAAAAGUCCUGCAUUGUCUAUAUUUGCAGGAUGUUUUGUGGUGGCAUGCUAAUUUUCACCCUGAACUAGUCCCAGCAUGCAGAAAUGCUCAACAGUGCCAAGACCCAAUCAGCGCAGAGCCUUUUUGCACGAUUUCAGUAGCCAAUGGAAGUGUCAUGCAUUCACCGUUCUGUUUCCUCCUGUCUUAGUAUUUAUAUUUGAUGGUCUCUUAUUUUGCCCAAACAGCCUCAGGUACGAAGCAGGAAUGCUUCAUAGAUGCCAAAAUCCAAGAGGUUUCUUUACCAACAGUCUAUUUUCAUAAUGAUCUCUGCAGGCAGUGUCAACAGACACUUUUUUUUUCUGAGCAAAAUACAAAAUAUAGCAACAUAUUAUCUUUUUUUAUGUACACCAUAUAAUGCCUAUAGUUCAAUCAGCGCUUUGCCCAGGUUCACGAGUGGGAUGUUGUUGCAAAAAAAUUAUGCCAGAGCACCAGUAUCAGAUAGAUUUUAUUUUAAAUUACAAGAUUUACGGAUUAUAUUUCACCAAAAAAUCUGAAGAAAAACCAUAUAAAUAUGAACAAUAUAAAUACAAUGAAGCCUGUUUUAGGACCGUUAAGACUCAAAUUGUGACAUUAUUUUCAUUAAAAAUUAAGCAUCCACUUCUCUAUUUCAAUUGCUGCAAUAAAAAAACUAAGAUUUUUUUGUGUUUGUUUACAUUGUAAAGAAUUAUGCAUUGUGAUAGUAUUUGUUAAAUUUCAAUAAUUACUUUAAUAGUGUUAUUCAGAAUAAUGGGUUAAAAAAUGCUAUACAUAUUAUGGAAAUUAAUAAGAAUUUAAAGGGUUAUUUGUGCUUAAUUAUCAUUAAAAUAACAGUAUUAUAAUAAAAAUGUAAAACUUGUCUAAAUCAACUAUAUUUUCUUUAUGCUAUCUAUGUAUUUAUUUAUUUAUUUACUUUUUUAUUUUUGGUGAAAUGUGACCUGAGCAUGUUUUGUGAGAUUCUCAGGGGUUUUGUUGAGCUCAUAUGAAACGGCGCGGUAGCCUGUGUCAUUGAAAUAUAUGGCAGCUGAGUGGAAAUCCAUUCUGUCACUGAGGGAGUGUUUACACGACACUAUUUUUAACUAAAAAUGGGAAUUUCUAAUAAUGGGUUAAAAAUGGGAAUUUUUAAGCGUGUUAGCCCUUCAUUUACACGAAAAAGGCCCUGAAAAUGCAAACUUUUGAAAUCAAAGUGCAAGUUUUUAAAAAAAACAAUACUAUUAUCGCCUCAGUGUACAGUGAACUAUAAAAACAUGAAUUUGUUAUAACAGUUAUGCGCAAGUGUAUUACGUGUUUGCAUAGUGAUUCUUUACAAAGUGGCAUUGCCAACUACUGGCCUGGCAUGCACAAUACAGCAUUUUUAGUAGUUUUAGCAAAUCCAUGUGAACAGGCAUCGUUUUGACAACGUUGUCAUCUGUACACAAAACUAUUUCAAAAAUGCUAAACUUUUCUGUUUUUAGUACACUCUUGUCGUGUAAACCUACUCUUAGUCAGGUCUGUGGAUCACCAUAAAGUUCAUCUGUUAUAGUAAGCUUUAUGAAACACGUAAUUGAUUAUUAUGACUACUACUAGUCUUGAACUAUUUAGUGUAUGCCUGACCUAUAGUAUAGUUACUGUUUGCCGUAGCAGGUACACUAACUAUUGGAAUUAAAAUUAGACGUUAGACUAAGAUACAACAUAAAAACUAUAAAAGGAAAUGCAUUUUCUUAUUGUUUGUUUUGCGUGAAAGCUUUUUCUGUAAUUUUUUUUUUUUUUAACAGCCUGUUUGCAAAAGCUGUUCACACACUGAAGUGCUCAGAUGAACAAAUCAGGUGUCAUUCCUGCCUUUGCAUGUGCAAAACUACUUGCUUGUUCUGCUGGCUUACAUGAUUAUGACAAAAAACAUCAGAUUUUUUCUAUCGUAUUAGAUAUUUCUCCAACUCCAUUGUCAUUUAUUCAAUGGAAAAUGCUAAAUGAUGUUUGAUGAACAGUCCAGACGAUGCUUGAAUUGAUGUUAUUUUAAUGUUGUCUGGAUCUUGACUUUAGCAUUUUUCUCGACUCAUUUCUUGGUACUUUAAAUCACAACAAUUCCGCAAUCUGACUCAGUUACCUUAGUUGUGUUGUGUUGUACAGUGUUUCCUCUCACAGAGAUCGCUGUUGUGUGUUCGUAAUGCUCAGAGAGAGAACAAAAGCAGUGUCGAUUCAGUUUUAUAGUUACUGUGUUGCAAAAAGCAUUUGGUCCAUAUCCUUCAGUGGCUUCAUAUAGCUGAGGUUUAUUCAUAUCUGAGUGUUAAUACUAUAUGUUUGGUGUGGAAAUGAUUGGAUUUAUCAAGUUUCCAUUCUACUGUAAGUUCUACCUGUGAGCAGUUCUGAAGAGGUAGCUUUGUUAGUAAUAAACUACUGGAUUUGUUGCGUGCAGAACCAGUAGGAGAGAAACUCUGUCUGUCUGUAGGCUAUUUUCAGUGUAUACGGUAUGUAGCAUUUGAAAGCAUUCGGUAAACGUUUUUGAAACGUUUCUUGCUGCAGUUGAGGGGCCAGUAGAAGUUAAUGGAGUUUGGGUAAAGUGUCCUUAUUCUCUGAUCACUGCCACCCCCAUUUCUCCUGCCCACUCCACUGUCUGUGUGCAAUAUUUCAUAAACUAUAAACUACUUUGAACAUACUAUUCACUUGUCUUGUUUAAACAAGUAACAUUCUCUGAAUCAUAUAGAUUGUGAGUAUUCAUAUUAUAAAUGUAUAAAGAGUUAAUUGGGAACCAGUUGACAGUAUUGUUCUGAAAUAGUAUUCAUAUUAUAUUAUUAUUUCUAUUGCCUAUUAGAUCAUAUGCCUAAAACAACACUUCCAGCAUUAUAAGAAGUUAAUCUAGACAUUAGUCUCCUUAUGAAACCUCUUAUUUGUGGACAUCCUCAAAUUAACUGAUAGUUAAUAUAUAUAUAUAUUGUUUUCCCACUACAUGUACAUAACUUUAUUUGUAUAGAAUUACAAAUUUUGGUGUAUUUUCCAUAACCUUAAGGUCCUUUGGUCAUUUUUGGUGUCAGUAUUGUAGCCAACACUCAGGACCAACAUUGCUGUUAUUAUUAGUAUUAUUAUUAAUUUCAGUUUCAGUCAAUAGAUUCCCUGCCAGUAACUUUAUGCCUUAACUUUAUAAUAAGGUACAUGUUCAAUUUUUUUCCAACUUUUGCAAACAGAAGUUUUUUUUUUCUAUCCCUAUGGAUUUAAUUUAUUUAAAAGUGUGCUAAGCAUUUUCAUCUUAUAUGCCGAUUUAAAUGUUAUUCUGUGUGUGGUAAAUUGUCAACAACUGAUCAGAAUGAAUUCAUUUUGUAAAAAAAAAAACAAUGUACUUCCUAUAUCCACUGCCCCGUUAAACAAUUUUUCCUUUCCUUUCCUGAGAAUAAUAGAUUUAUUUUUUCCUCAGUCAAAGUUUUGUUUCAUGGAAUGGCAUGUUGGUAAAGGACGAUGAGAAAUUAAUCCAAAAUAAGUGAUAGCCAUUUACUAUGCAAAUGUGUACAGUGCUGCAUGCUAAUGCUUUACCUGCCUCUGCAACUUAAUGGCUUCAAAUGGAGUUCAAAUGGAAUUGUGGGUACUACUUGUGCAGGACGGUAUUUGAGAGAAAUACAAAACUGCAUGCAUAUUAUUCCAUUUGCAUCGUCAGAUUAAAGAGACACUAUAUGGUUUUUGGGAAAUAGAUGUGUAAGAUGAAGUAAGUUUUCUUUUGUAAAAUAAAUUUGAAUGUAAAAUGA